CAGAGUGUGAGGAGGAUCUUCUGGCUACACGAAUUGAAAACAAAUUUGAAAGAAAAUGUUAAUAUGAUCAAUUAUUUGACAACCCAGCGACUUAUUUUCGAAGUUGAACGCCUUUAGACCAUUAAAGAUGGUAUCAACCAUGGAAAGUUUGACUGCAGAGAUCUUACAAGGUAUGGGUGUUGGAUCACUUGCUGAAGUGGCAGCAACCUUACCGAGUGCUCUUACGACAGAUGUAAACAUCAGUGCUGCUGAAAUGGAGCUCAAAGCUGGCCGGAUAGAGGAAGCCUUUCACCAGCUGUCUCUCUCACACUCAACUCUCCUUCACCACCGGAUGGCACAGCGACUUCAUAAACCAAAUAAAAACAAGACAGAUGAUGAAGGAUACGAUAGUGAUUUGAACUCUCUUUCUGUUGACAAUGAGAAGAUAACAUUAGCCACCACCAAGAAAGAGGGUACAAUUGAUUUACUACAAAAACUUCCCUCAGAUUGGACCAUAGUACAAAUAACUUCAGCCAACGUGGGAGAGUGCAAUCUUCGAAAAAUAGGCGAUCAUCCUCCAACACCUCGGUUAUACAUAUCCCGCUGCACCUGUGGUCCACAGCCAACAAUUGCCAUACAGACAGUGGCAGCUCCAAGAGACAAGGGUGUACGAGGGAUCUUAGAGGAGAUUGAGCUUAUCAAAGAGGAGAAUAAACUCAUUAACCGUGACUUCAGAAAGCAGGUGCAGAAGUAUCAUGCCAAGCGGGAAGAGCUGAACAACAGAUUAAAGUGUGUUGUAAAGACUAUGGAAGUAGCUUGGCUGAAACACUGGUCUUGCUUAUUGCCUGGAGGUUUGGAGCCCAGAGAUCAACAGGUACUGAAGGACACCACACAGCGUAUUCUAAGUAACUACAAGGGCUGUCUAACAGAAAAUCAACAGCUCUUAUUGCAGUACAUGAUAAGCUGCCCAACACCAGAGAAAGCAGGGAACACUGAAGGAGGCUCAGGAACAAGCCUGAGAGCUGGCAUUGCUGUUAUUCUGGGAGAGUCAGUCAGGAGUCAGAUUGUGAAGAAUUUGUAUGCAGCUAUCCAGAGUGAGGAGGCAUCACUGGAGCAGUUACGUAAAGCUCCUAGAAACCCGGUUAUACUUAUCAUUGACAAGAGUGUUGUUACAUUACCUUGGGAGAUGAUGUGGGUGAUGCAUGACCAGCCAGUGACAAGGAUGCCCAGCCUGAGGAUGCUGGUUCUUUUGUAUCAGCAUCACUCUUGUCGAGCCAAUAGUGUUCUUGUCCAAGGAGUAGAUUCAAGUAAGGGUUUCUUCCUAGUUGACCCUGACAGUAACCUACCCAGUACUCAGGAACGUGUCAAGGGCCCUCUAGCAGAGACAGGUUGGCAAGGUAUCACAGCUCGAAGACCGACACAUGACGAGUUCAGGGAAGCUAUAUCAGCAAAUGAUUUGUUUGUGUACAUUGGUCAUGGAUCAGGGAGUCAGUACUUGCCAGGGGAACUAGUUGAGAGGUCUGAGUGUCGAGCCCUUGCUCUGCUCUAUGGAUGUUCCUCAGUCAGGCUAGCUCCAAGGGGUCGUAUACCUGACCCUUGGGGUGUUGUCCUGAAUUACCUCAUUGCUUAUUGUCCAUGUGUUGUUGGAAUGCUGUGGGAUGUGACAGACAAAGACACAGACAACCUGACUCUGGAGAUGUUACGAGCCAUACAAGGCAUUAAUGGCGUCCCAGGAUCCCCACUAGCAAACCCACCCUCCGACAUCCCACUGUUAGUUGCUCGAUCGCGGUCCAUUUGCCGCUGGUACCUAACUGCUGCUGCACUCACUGUGUAUGGGCUACCUCUCCACGUGGUCAACAGUAAUCGUGAAUAAUCUGAUUUUUACGAACUGAUUUUAUUACAUAUUUGGAAAUGAAUAUCUUCUGAAAGAUACUAUAUUUUUUUUUCACAUUCUCAGGAAUUUACAGCAGGAAUGUGAAUUUGUAAAUAUUUGCAAGUAUUUUUGUAUUCUUUUCUCUCUGUCUCUAUGUUUCUCUGUCUCUCUGUCUCUCUGUCUCUCUGUCUCUCUCUGUCUCUCUCUGUCUCUCUCUGUCUCUCUCUGUCUCUCUCUGUCUCUCUCUGUCUC